AUGGGGUACACCACCAGUGGGUCAACAAUGGGGUGCACCAACAAGUGUUCAAGAAUGGAGCACACCAGCACUGCUCAUCAGUGGGAUACACCACCAUAUUCUUCGCAGUGGGCUCCACAGUGGGGUACAACAUCAACUUCUCAACAAUGGAGUUCAAAACCAGUGGCUUUACAAUGGGGUACAACAUCAACUGCUCAACCAUGGAGUUCACCAUCAAAUGAUCAACAGUGGAGUUCACCUCCGAUGGAUGUUCAGUAUGGAUUUUCACUUGAAUCUCAAAAUAAAAGUCCAAGAAUUGCUGAAGAAAGAGUUGCAGAGGAAGCUCCAGUGCCAACUUCUGUCAACAGUCAAAAAGGAGUAUCAACUACACAAAUAUCUCGCACACGUAAAUCAGGAAGAUUGUUCAAUAUUUGGGGAAGGCAACAGGGCCUAAUUUGA